UUAUCAACAAAAAAAAAAUGAAUUGGAAGUUGGUUUUGCUUACUGGUUGGAUUCUCCUCUCGUCUAUUACAUUAAACCCAACUUUGGCUAAAGUAGCUUAUCCAUCUCUCACGACAAGGAAAGGGAGGAUCGGAGAUAUACAAAUCAGCAAAGGAAUGAAGAUUGGCUUUAGAGGCAGUUUUUCUAAAACUGCUCCUCAAGGAAACGAUCCACCAAAUCAUUUCUGAGUUAUAUAACAUGUUGAUCUGUUCUAUACAUCUUAACUUAUGAUUUCUGCAUAUUUGGUAAGUAGUUCUUUGAUUAUGUGUAAUACUCUAUGAAUAAAUUCUUUGAUUAUGUGUAAUACUCUAUGAAUAAAUGAAAUGGAACUUCGAUAUAUAUAGUUAAAUGAUUUAAUAGUUAACUAAAACUGAUCUGUAAUUGAGUGACAAUGAGAUUUUUUGUUACUUUCGUACCAAAAUUGAUGAUCAACAUCGGACUUUUCAACUCAUGCAAAAGGAAAAAUUAAAAAAGGAGGCUAAAAAAGUCAAUAGUGUUCAUUACAUGCAUUGACUUAUACAUAUCACCAACUGUGGUGAGAACGACCCAUGAUGAAAUAAUCUCUGCCUAACAGUCUUAAUUAUAAACUAGUUUAUAAGAUACUAUUUAUUUAUAUAUGCUCCGGAAGAAAACUAGCUAGCGUUGUAUUCUAAUUCUUACAUAUACACACGAAAUAAAGGGGCAAAUAGAAAGAAUGAGUCCCAAAUUCAUUCUAAUAGCUUCGUUUCUACUUUUAUGCAUCGCAUCUUCCAAUUCGAUCAUCAUAACAAUUUCCAAAAAGCGGAAAAUGACAAAUGAAGAAGAAGGUAGAAAGAUUCACGUUCACAAAGGAAAGAAGAUCGCCGUAAAGGUCAGCCGUUCACCUCCUGCAAAAGGCUGGAUUUGUUGCAAUGAUUAAAAUUACUUGUGAACAUUUUCGUAAGCUCGAACGAGACUAGCUAGUUGUAUUUGCUAUGUCUCGAUCAUUAAUUAAGGGGCUUUCGGCCCAUUACACGCAUAUACGGAGCCUUAGUGCAUGGAAAUAUUCAAUUAUGCAAUAUUUUGGGGCUACAGCCUAAAGUGUAAAUCAUUGAAACUUAGAAAAGGCAUGUGUGUGUGUGUGUUUUUCGCUUGUCA